CUUUAGAAUUUUUUCCUUUUUUAUCGGCCGCUUGGCAGACCAGCGGUCAACCGCCUACGCUUGGCAGACUACCAGGAAUAGGGAAUAGGACGAGCAACAGAACAGCAGCACAACCGAAGUGCCGAUUACAGAUACGGAGAAGAAGACGCCGGCGACGAGGAGGAGCGGUGGUGGGCCGGAGAAUAGGACCACGAAGGCGGUUAGCUUCCGAAGACAUCACAACUUGCAAUGGUCCUACGGCGCGUCCUUUGCUUAGCCCUUCAUUCGCGACACUGCCUCAAACCCGCAUUCUCAAACCCUAACUCCGAAAUCAAGUACAAUGUUCCCCCUAUUUUAGCCUCCAGUUUCUCCACCUCCUUCCUUGUCACUAAAACCCCCAAGAAAUUCCGCAAAAAACGGAAGAAGAAGGAAAGUCCGAGAACCAAGCUGGUCCAAACCGAGCCAAACCUCUCCCCCCACUUCGAGAACCUCCUCGCCCGCGACAACCACUUCCGGUUUCUCACCAAAACCAAAGACUUCCUCUCCAAACAGCCGGAACGCAUCAUCCGCCUCGACGACGCCGGGAAACUCCACCAGCAGCUCGGAUUCCCCCGCGGCCGAAAGGUAGUAAAGUUCAUCCAACACCACCCGUCCAUCUUUCAGAUUUAUCGCCAUUCCGACGGUAAGCUCUGGCUAGGUUUCACCGAGUUUAUGGAUGAAUUGCUGGAAGAAGAGUCCAGAAUCAUGAAUAGUAUGGAAGAGAAAAGAGUUGCCGUGGUCAGGAAAUUGUUAAUGAUGUCCAAGGAUAAAAGAAUGGCUCUAAGUAAGAUAUACCAUAACAGGCUUUUGUUCGGUAUACCUGAAGAUUUCCGGGAUAGGAUUGGGAAGUAUCCAGAUUAUUUUCGGGUAGUGGUCGAAAACGACGGGAAGAGAAUAAUUGAGCUCGUGAAUUGGGAUCCUUUGUUAGCCGUGAGUGAAUUGGAGAAGGAAUUCUUGGUGGAUGAAGAUAGGGCCAAGAAGGCGUUUAAAUUUCCAGUAAAGCAUGGGAAGGCAUUGGAGCUGGAUGAAGAUGAUGAGAGGAGGUUGAAUCUGCUGAACACAUUGCCAUUGGUUUCUCCUUAUUCAGAUGGUGGCGGUAAGAUGGAUUUGUGGACGCUGGAGGCGGAGAAGUUUAGGGUGGGAGUCAUUCAUGAGUUCUUGAACUUGACAUUGGAGAAGAGGGCAUACAUACAUAACAUUGUGGAGUUUAAGGAUGAGUUUUGUCUGACUAAGCAUACUUACCAGAUGCUUAAGAAACAGGCUCGGACGUUUUACCUAGGUGGUACUGAGAUGAACUGGUGUGUCUUCUUGAGGCAUGCAUAUAGUGGGGAAGAUGGGAGUUUGAUCAAUAAGGAUCCUCAGGUUGUAUUCAAUGAGAAGUUGUAUAAGUUUGCAGAUAUGCAACAAUGAAUUGCAGGCUACCAAUAAAUCAGGAAUGUAAUGUUUUACUUACUGUGCUGUUAUCCUGAGUGUGUCCCAGCCAUUUUGACUAGGCUCACGGAUUUUUUAGUUAACGGCCAAGUUUAA